AAAGGGCAGGCUUUCAUUCAGCAGUGAAACAUGUGCACUUCUCGCGAAAUCCACUUUCUGUGAAUCUGGGGCUGUGAACAGUAUUGAUCACUGGCUCUCAAUGAGAGGAUUAAUGGGAAUUCAGACAAGUGCUUGGACGCUUACUGGUGCAAAUUUGGAACUAGUUACUGCUCCAUAAUGGGUUACAAAUCAACAUCCAUGCAUUGUGUGUUAAGAUGCCUGUGCUUCAUGCUUCUCCAUUUCUUUAGUGCGGCUCAAGAUGAAGACCUAAGAAGUUGUAGGACUGCACCAUGUGAUUUGGUCUUUAUUCUAGAUGGCUCGUGGAGUGUUGAAGAUGUCAAUUUUGAAAUAGUGAAGCGAUGGCUAGUCAACAUAACGACGAGCUUCAAUGUCGGGCAGAGGUUUACCCAGGUUGGAGUCGUCCAGUACAGCGACAGUCCCCAUUUAGAAAUACCUCUGGGGAAGCACUCCACCAACAGAGACCUCAUCAAGGCGAUGGAGUCCAUUGAAUACAGGGGGGGUAACACAAAUACCGGGGCAGCUAUUGAGUUUGCUACAGACAGACUAUUUGGCCUCUCUGAGCGAGCGAGCGUUUCCAGAAUUGCUGUUGUCCUCACAGAUGGGAAGUCUCAAGAUGAGGUUCUGAAAGCUGCUGAGGCAGCGAGGAAAAAAGGAGUAAUCCUGUUUGCAAUUGGUGUUGGUCCAGAGACAGAAAAGGAUGAGCUGAGGGACAUUGCAAACAAGCCAUUUUCAACUUAUGUCUUCUCUGUUGAGGACUACAAAGCUAUUUCCAGGAUCAGGCAGGUCAUAAGACAGAAACUAUGUGAAGAGACUGUUUGUCCCGCCAGAAUUCCUAUAGAUUCCCGUGACGAGAAGGGCUUUGAUAUCCUGUUACAUUUAAAUCUGGCAAAAAAAGCAAAGAACACUCAAGGGACGUUUUAUGGCUCUAAGGCCUAUCAGGUGACGUCUCGUGUUGACUUGAGUGAAGCUACACGGAACCUUUUUCCUGAUGGCCUGCCUCCUUCAUAUGUUUUCGUGGCCACAUUGAGGUACAAAGGAUCACUUGCAGAAGAGGAGUGGGACCUGUGGAGAGUACAGACACGAGAUGGUAAACCUCAGAUGGCGGUAACUUUAAACGGUUUUGACCACACCGUCAUGUUCACAACAACCAGCAAGGCACCAAAUGGGAUUCAGACUGUUACUUUUUCACAACAGACAGCAAAGCUGUUUGAUGAGAAAUGGCACCAGCUACGUCUGCUGGUCACCGAAGAGGAUGUCACUCUUUAUGUUGAUGACUUGGAAAUUGAAACCUUAUCACUGGAGCCCCCUGUUGGCAUUUUCAUCAAUGGAAAAACCCAAGUAGGAAAAUAUGUCAGAAAGGAAACAACAGUGCCAUUUGAAAUUCAGAAACUUCGCAUUUACUGUGACCCUGAGCAGAACAAUCGGGAGACUGCUUGUGAAAUACCUGGAGUUUGCUCUGAUCGCGUUGAACCGACUCCAGAACCUUGUGUUUGUCCUCCUGGACCUCCCGGACAACCAGGAAUGAAGGGAGAGCAAGGAAGCAUUGGUAUUCCUGGUCAGCCUGGUCCUCCUGGUGCUGAUGGUAAGCCUGGUAUCCCUGGGCUUAGAGGAAUUCCAGGUUUCCCAGGUUCGCCGGGAAUUAAGGGGUCACGUGGACCAGAUGGGUACAAAGGAGAGCAAGGGAGGCCCGGUGUUUCGGGUGAGAGGGGUAUUCCUGGGUUACCGGGGCCACCUGGACAACCAGGCGAGAAGGGUGCACAAGGGACCCCGGGAGCAGCAGGGUUACCAGGAAAAACUGGACAUGUGGGAGAAAAAGGAAGUAUAGGACCUCUUGGGCCACAAGGUCCUCUGGGAGAACCUGGUCUACCUGGGAGAGAUGGAAAGGGUGGAUUUCCAGGAAGACCUGGUCAAAAGGGAGAAGCUGGAGCCAGUGGUAUUCCUGGUACUGACGGAAGGGAAGGCCAUCCUGGUAUGCCUGGAUUGCCUGGAAAUGCAGGCCUGGAUGGACAAAAGGGAGAAGUUGGUGAGCCUGGACCCAGGGGCUUUAAAGGAUCGACUGGACCACCUGGUGAAAUGGGAUUACCUGGUGAACCAGGUUUGCAAGGACCGAUCGGACUGAAGGGGAAUAUGGGUGAAAGAGGAAGUCCGGGCAUAAAAGGCACACCGGGGCUUGCGGGCAGUGCAGGGCAACCAGGAAGUCCAGGUCAACCAGGGCACCCAGGCAUGCCAGGAAUGAAGGGAAGCAAGGGACAGAGGGGGAAUCCAGGUGAAAGGGGUGACAUGGGGAUGAAAGGUGAAAAAGGAGAGCAGGGGCGGCCAGGGGGUGUGGGAUCACCUGGUCCAAUGGGUCUGAAAGGAGAGAAAGGGACAGCAGGGGAUCUGGGGCAGAGAGGUCAAGAAGGUCAAGUUGGACAACCCGGACAGCCAGGUCAGUCAGGCCAACCAGGCCCCCGAGGGUUGCGGGGAGAUAUGGGCCCUCCUGGCCCACCUGGACCCGAAGGAAGAUAUUUAAGUGCAAUGUCAGACAAUCACAUUCGGCAGAUAUGCAGAGAGCUUCUUCAGGCUGAGCUGCCUCUAUUGAUACUGAGCAAUCAGCAGAGUAGCUGUACCAGGUGUCAAAGUCAGCCUGGAUCUCCUGGCCCACCAGGUCCAAUGGGGCCCCAGGGACUCAGAGGUCUUCCUGGGCUUAGUGGUUCUAGGGGACUGCCAGGCCACCCUGGUCGGCCGGGGUAUCCUGGGAUUAAUGGUCUCAAAGGAGAACCAGGUUUCAAAGGGGAGAAGGGGAGCCCUGGUCGGGUCAUGAUUGGAGACCAUGGGCCUCCUGGACCUCCAGGUCCAAUGGGUCCGGAGGGACAUGGUAAACCAGGUACUCCAGGUAAACCUGGGCCCCCUGGUCAAAAUGGCCCAGAGGGUAAAAGUGGUAAUCCUGGCAUCCCUGGUGAGCCUGGUGUGUGCGAUCCAUCCAUGUGCUAUGGAGGCAUGAUGAGGCGGGAUUCUUACAGCAAAGGCCCAAACUAUUGACAUAAGGCAGCAUCACUGCAGGCACCAGUAUAAAGCUGAUGCAGAACAGAUAUUCUCAGGAAGAUCUCACCAUUACAGUUCCUCUCUGACAUGGAAACAAAACGUACCUCUUCUGACACCGUUUAUGUGACACCUUUUAUGCAUCCCAGUUUCUUUGAUGGUAUUUUGUAUUAUUAGUCAUAUGGCUUUGAACAUUCUUUGAAAAUUUAAUGGUGUUAAGAGGAUUAAUGAUUGGCUCCAGUGAAUACCUCUUAUCCAAGCACCUUAUAUGAGGUAUCAAAUGUGCCAGCCAUGUAACGCACGGUACUCACUGCAUUUAAGAUUACUACGCAUAGACUCAUGCACACCAUCUAUGAACACACUACAGCUAACAGUUUGAUGGAUAUCUGGGUUUGUGUAUAGGUAGGAAAUGUAAGUGCAGUGCCUGUCGUAUUAGGUGCAGCAUACCAAACGCCAGCAAACAUAAAGGUCUAACCAAGAUUUUAUUGCAUAUCAGGAAAGCUUAUUAUGGUUUUCCAACACAAUCUUACCAAAUCUUCUGCUUUGCUGACAAAAAACAUACACCUGUUUACUGUUUGAGCCUUAUAUUUAAUCUUGAUGAAGAGAUGAAUUUAUAAUUAGAACUAAUGAGAACACCUUUGAGUCUGAGGUGUUUGUCAAUCCUGCUGUUGUCUGAAGCUGUUGGCAUUUAGUAAGCUCAGAGGAAGGACCCAUUUUGAGCCAUGCCAUCAUUUACUUUGGAUGAGAUUUAUGGCAUGCACUGCAUUAACAUCAACUAAUUACAUGCACACCUACUUCAAAACGUGAGGUGUAUGUGCAGAUUACACAUACAGUCAAUUAUGUUGAACAUUAUUUACAUGCAACCUUUCGAUUCUUGUGAACCACACCUAAAUAAACCCACCAUUUCCAGUGUGACACCUAUCAGUAUAAGGCCUAUGUGUACAUACAUGUGCAAAUUGUUUGUGAAUUCUAAAUGAAUGGUGAUUGUUUGGUCACAUCUUAAUAUGGCGUUACUAAAGCGUUUGACUGCAGUUGGCUGACAUAUUUGACUCCUAAUAAUCUUGAAGUUUGUACUGUAAGUCCCUGUGGCUGGUACACUUUCUUAUAUUGCCCCCUUGUGUUCCUUCACUGCAUGUUUCGUUAUAAGAUUUUACUGCACAUAGGGCAGGUGCCACAUGUUCCACUAAAAAACAGAACAACAAAAAUCAACACUCAAACACACACAUGAAAAAACAAUGAUGAUUUGUGAAUUGAUUCGUGAUGAAUUAUCACAGAAAUUAACAAGUUUCUGCGCAAAACUGUGACUUUGAUUGCAUCUCGCUGAGUACUCACUCCUGGAAGCUCGAAUUCAUAAAGCAUUCUGACUUUUGUGCGUGAAAACUUUUUACAAAACACAUCACCCCUGUUACCCUCCUACUGCAAUACUUCUCCAUUCA